AUAAAAUGGAAUUACAUGCUUAUGUUACAUGAGAGUGUCCAUAAAAAUACUGCAUUUAGUUUAAAAGAUGGAUCAUGAGAAAAUGUUCAUUACUUAGAAAAAAAUCUAUAAAUUACGAACACAGUUUUGUAGAAUAAUAUUUGGGCAAAUUUUAAAUGAGAAUUUAAGAUGAAUGGGAAAGACAUCAUCAUUUUGACACUAAAGUAUCUGCUACUCCAAUCACUGCAGGUAUCUUCAACUACUUGGAGCAAAGUUCAAUCUGGUGUUCGAAUCAUACAGCACAAUGAUGAAGUACACACAAACAUAACAUCUUUACAAAGAUGCAAAGAAUUGUGUGAAACAACUGAUACUCUCUGCUGUAGAUCUAUUGAAUGGAAUAAGAACAUUGUUCGGUGUAAUUUGUCAAAGCAAAAUUCUAAAACUGCUAAUGUCACUGAAGCGCCAGGAGGGUACUUGAAGUUUUAUGCUGAGAUUCUUGACUUUUCACUUGAUGGAACACCAAUUCAGUGUCAAAACGAGGAAACCGUAACAGCCACAUCUGUAAGUGAAUCUACAGUCCAAACAACCCAAAGUGAAAAUACAGUCCAAACAACCCAAAGUGAAUCUACAAUCCAAACAACUCAAAGUGAAAAUACAGUCCAAACAACUCCAAGUGAAAGUAAAGUCCAAACAACUCCAAGUGAAUCUACAUUCCAAAAAACUCCAAGUGAAAGUACAGUCCAAACAACUCCAAAUGAAAGUACAGUCCAAACAACUCAAAGUGAAUCUACAGUCCAAACAACCCUAAGUGAAAGUACAACCCAAACAACUGAAAGUCAAACUACAGCCCAAACAACUGAAAGCCAAACUACAGCCCAAACAACUGAAAGUCAAACUACAGCCCAAACAA